AAGAAACAGUGUAUAAAUAUAAAACUUAUAUUUUUAAAAUAGAUACAUAAUUUAAUUUUUCUAUUUACUAUAAUGUUCAACUAUUAAUUAAUUUCUUUGUCUACUAUAAUGUUAAACUAAACUUAGAAGAUUAUUAUAAUAGAACAUAAACAAUAACAUUUUAUGUAUUCGUAAUCUUCUAAAUUAUCUUGAUUUUUGAAUUGUAUUAUUUUUUAACAAUAUCAAUUUCAAGUAAAGAGUUUGUUUGUUUUUUAAAGUUUAUACAAUUUUUUAGAUAUUAAAUAGAUAUUAAAUUUUUAAAUAACUAGAAUGUUCCAGCAAAAAUUAUGUAAAAAAAUACUUCCUUGUAUACCAAAAUGUUAUUGGUCAAGGAUCAAUCAAAUUUCAAAUAAUUAUGUGAAAGAUGACAGUAGUAAUUCUGAAGCAUCAAAUGUAGAUCAAUUGAAACAAAAUUCUUCACAAUGUUCAUAUAAGACACAAGAAGUGUUACAUUUACUUGAAGAAGCUGCAACAUUUGAAGGUGUCAAGGAUAAAAAUUGGAUGACAACUCCAUACCCUAAAGAUAUUCCAUUAGAUUACAAUGAAGAUACAAAAUCGAGUAUUGAUCCAAAAAAUACCUCUGUUUUAUUAUUUCCUGGUCAAGGUACCAUCAAAGUUGGCAUGGUUAAAAAAUAUAUGAAUUAUCCUGGUGCUAAAGAACUUUUUGAAAUAACUAAUGAAAUAACUAAUUAUGAUUUAUUGAAACUUUGUUUGAAUGGCCCACAAAAGGAAUUAAAUCGAACUGAAUUUAAUCAAGCUGCUACAGUAGUAUCAUCUUUGGUUGCAUUAGAAAAAAUUCGAGCAGAAGAUCCUAAAGUAUUUGAAACAUGUGUUGCUGCAGCAGGUUAUAGCGUAGGAGAGAUAACUGCUUUAAUUCUUUCUGGUAUUAUAACUUUUGAAGAUGGAAUUCGAUUAGCAUGGACUAGAGGAAAAGCUAUGCAACAUGCAUCAAAUUUAGUGCCUCAGGGAAUGUUAUCUGUAGUUCAUACACCAAAAACACAACUUUCAAAAGCAUGUACUGAAGCAGAAAACUGGGCAAAGGACAUAGGUAUUGAAAAUCCAAUAUGCAGGACUGCUAUUUUUCUAUGUUCAGAAAGAAAAAUAAUAGCAGGAAAUGUAGAAGCAUUGGAUUAUCUUGAAAAUCAUAAAACACAAUUUGGCCUAACUAAUUUGUCCAGAUUACCUGUAUCAGGAGCAUUUCACACACCAUUGAUGGAACCUGCUUUAAAGGCAAUCGGUAAAAUAUUGGGUUCAAUAGAAAUAAAUGAACCUAGGUGUAAAGUAUAUUCUAAUUAUAAAGCUGUGCCAUAUACUAACUUACGAUAUGUGAAAAAAUACAUAUUGAAACAAACUGUAUCACCAGUCAGAUGGGAACAAUGUUUACAAAACAUAUAUAAUAGACCUGAUGGAACACCAUUUCCACAAACGUACGAUAUAGGAUCAGAUGGAAGAAUGAGAAUCAUUUUAAAAUUAAUUAAUGCAAAAGCAAGUAGGUCAUGUACUGUAAUUUAAAAUAUACGUAAAAUCUCGCUUUUAAUAUGUAAUUUUCCUUAUAAGUUUUCGUUUUACUUUUUCAUUUGUUAAUAUGUACAUAAUGUUAAAAGAAUUAUAAAUAAAUUUGAAAAAUGUAAAAAUUGUAAUAUUAUAUUUAUAUAUAAUACAUUUAAAUAGUAU